GGGUGGGGUGGGGUGGCGUGAGUACAGACACCAAGGGGUCCAGCAGCUGUGCGGGUCCUGGGCCCUCACUCACAAUUGGAGGAAGGAAUUCAGGAAGUGUCACAGCCGCUUAGACAGCUCAGAGCCUCGUCCCAGGCAGGCCCAAGGCUGCAGCACCCAGGGAUGAACAUGCCAAGGCCUGACUCCUGGCCACGGCGUGAUAUACAGCUGAGCUGUCCCUCAGGGAGCCUGGGCUCCUCCGCGUCCAGAGUCUUGAGCUCACGUCUCUCAGGACAGCACUUCUUCCAGAGCUGCCAGCGGAGUUGCCCGCAGCUCUUGGAAGCCUGGCCUGAGGCUUAGAAAACGGUGACAGAGACUCUGAGGUCCGAUAGGGCCAUGGGGGGUGCCCAGCGAUCCAGCGGGGGCACGAGCCAAGGCCUCAGACCAGUGUCUUCUUAGAAGACCACAGGGAGAGCGGCCAGAGGAGCAAGGGUACUUGCCGUCACCAAGAGACUCCCACCCCACUUCGGAUGGGGAGCUAAGCCUCCAAGAUACACCCCAGGUUGCUCAGGGGGUCAGCUGCCACGUGGGGCCAUGGAAUCCGCAGUGAUCGGAGUGGUGGCCGUGCUAUUCGUGGUCACCGUGGCCAUCACCUGCGUCCUUUGUUGCUUCAGCUGUGACUCGAGGGCCCAGGAUCUUCAGGGGGGCCCGGGCCGCAGCUUUACAGUGGCCACGUUUCGCCAGGAGGCUUCUCUCUUCACGGGGCCAAGUUGCCACGCCCAGCCAGUGGCAGGUGCCCGGGACUUCUGGACCUUCAUGUGAGGCCUAACGGCCCCCAGAAUUUGCUCUGCUAGUGGGUCAGACUCACCUGCCCCCACAGCAAGCCUUCCCUUCCCUGGUGACCUACUCCUCCAAGCGUGGCAUUCCUGUCCUUCCCUGCCUUUGUCCAGCAAACUUCCCGUCCCAUCCCAUUCUGGCUUGCCCUGCCCUCCAGCCUGGGAGACGCACAGUGAUGAGACCAGGUGGGAGUCAGCUCUGACCCCUGAGAGCUCAGCUGGACUCUACCCACAGGAUGGAGCUAAGGAGAGGUCCGGAGAGUGAGUGACCCAGCAGUGUUGGGCAGCGUGGUGGGCCAGCUCUUCUGAUCUACAUGGUGAACUGAAAUAUCACUGGGCUUUAUCAUGAGCAGAGUGUUGGAGAACUCAAGUUAUCCCAGGAUGCCUGUGAAAGUGGUUCUAUUGCCACCAGAGGAAGCAGCUCCCUCAAGUGGACAGUUCUACAAACCGCUCCUUAUCUGUUCCCCCAGUGAGCUACUUUGCCACUUGCACCAACGAGCACAUCCUAGGGAGCCCAGCCCUGAGAUCUGCCCCCCUACCUGGUACCUGAAAUCAGCCCUGAAAUUCUGAAGCCAGAGGGCUGCGUCCUGGGAACUGGUGAUUUAUUUUAUAAUUGAAAAUGCAUAUCCUUUUAUGGACCUCCUGAGAACCAGAGUUGGGAAACCACAAAAGGAAACCAAAGAGGAAAAAAAGUCACAGAAUGUACGAGACGUUUUAUUAACAGGAAGGCCAGAAAGAAGAAUUUGAAACAUAUUUUGAACGAGACUUUGUUACUGUGUUCUUAUAGGUCACUUCUAUUCUUAGAGAAUGUGAGUGAUUUGCCUCACUCAGGAAUGAUAGAAAAAUCCUGAACUGAAAGCUAAUUCUGAAUAAGUUAAAACAUUAUGUUAAGUUGACAGCAUGUAACAAAACUCUUGUCUGCAGCACAAAU